CACUCUUGUCUCUUGGACGGGGACAGAAGUUCUGCUGGCAGCACCCUGCAGACGCAUGUGAUGUGAAGUGUUGACUGGUUUUCGGGAGACUGUGUCGGACAUGUCAGCCAGGUCGGACCGGGACACCGGCAGCCGCGGCUCCCGGAGACAGGUCCCUGGAGACGGCCAGCAGCACCGGGAGCUGGCGGAGAAACCCAGCCGACACAGCAGACAGGUGCGUGGUUUCUCCAGAGAUGCUGCAAGUCUGAAGAGAACUGUGUCAACAUGUGAAGAAAACUUCCCAACAGCUCUGCCAGUUCUCCUGGAUGUGGUGAGGGGUCCUGAGCGCCUUCCUGCAGACGAUGAGUUGCAGGAAAUGCUGAGAGGGAAACUGCGCAUUCUGCAAGCUGACAGCUCCGAGGUCAACGCUCUGUUCAUGGAACUGUCUUCUCAUCUCAUCUCCAUCAACAGUGAAGAAAAAGUGAUUUUUGUGACAUUCAAAACAUUUGAGGAAAUAUGGAAGUUCACCACAUAUUACACAAUAGGGUUCCUGGGUCGUUGUAUGGAGAAUCUGUUGUUAGACCACAAGUUUUGCCUCAGUUCUCUUGAGGACGACAUCACAAUUGAGGUUUCCAUUCAGGAGGACACUCUUAACCUCAUCUACACAGGCAUCCUCAUGCAGGAAGGUUCGUUCUUUGCUAGUUGUAGUACCAACCAGAUGUUUGACAGCUCCACCUCUGGAGGUGACCUGUACCUGGAGCAGGGAGACAUAGCCCAGUUUGAGCCUCCCUUCCUAGGCUCAGGGUGGACAGUCCUCUGCCUGGCUGAUGGAGCCAGAGGCACUGCACCCAAACCUGCAAUUGAGCCGGUCAUCCCUUUUUAUCAAUGGUUUCUCAAGUCCUGUGCAGAGAGCACUUUAGUUGGUGAUGGGAAACCUGCAUGUGACUUCCCUCUGCAGUUGGCCAGAGGAACCUGUCUGGCCACAGUGGAGUAUGAUGCUGAGGGCCCAGACGAGCUCAGCAUGGCACCUGGUGAUCGCAUCAUCAUUGUCGGACUUCUGGUGUCUUGUUUUGAUUGGUUCACGGGGAGAAAGGAGGUGACAGGAGAAGUGGGUCUGGUCAAGACAAGCAUGGUGAAACCAUCCACUGACAUUUAUGACUCAGCAGAUAUUUUUUUGGAUGGAGAGGAAGGGACAUUCUUCAGUCUGCAAGAGGACAAAGUCAUUGAAGAAACAACUGCCUUAUUGAAGAAGAAAUCUCAAAAUGAUACUGGUCACAACUACAAACUGGAUACGAUCAGUUACAGAGACUCAUCCAGCUCUUCAAGCAAAGUUGAUAAUCAGCACACUGACCUGAAGAUAAGUAUUCAGAGGAUAAUUGAUCAAGGAAAAGAGUCAGCAGCAGAUUCCACAGUGACCAUGAAUGGGACUCUGGAGGACUCGGCCCUGGCUACAGAAGCCAAAAAACCAAGCGCUCCUUGUUUCACUGUUUACCCAGUUGUAGAAGGACACACCAACACCGAGAACUUCAACCCGCUAUUCUCUUUUUUGGAGGGCCAAGACUACAAAACAGAGUUUGGCAUUCUGUAUGGACUGAGUUCUCAACUCCUCACCUCCUCCACCUUCACUGGUCACUCGGACGAGGAUGAGCUGAUUGCCUUCCUGGGUGUUGCUAGGGAAACAGCCAGGAAGAAGCGACUCUUUUGGUCACAGACUCGUUUGUGCUUUCUGCUGGGUAAGCUCUGUGCUGGGAGGGUAAAGUUCAGCCAGGCCCGGGUUUACUUUGAGGAAGCCCUCAGUGUGCCACGAGAAGGCUUCACAGAUCUCAGGCUGCUGGCCAGCAUCUACUCCAACCUGGCUGCCAUAUAUCUGUUGCAGAAAAAUACUGAAAGUUUCUUUGCUCACACAGAGCGACUUGUUGCCUUGGUGUUAGGAAUCCCUGACUGCCUGGAAUUCUUAGAGGACAACCUUGCUCUUAAAUACAUCCUCAAGAAAGCUGUUCUCUCUCACAACAAACUGGCCGAGGCCCGGGCCUGUCAUCUGCUGGCGAAGCACCACUGGACUCGUGCUGAGGGGGUUCAAGCUGUUCCUUAUCUUGAAAGACUACUUGUUCUUUGUGCUGAAGCUCAAAGAAAAUGGGGCAUCUCUCCCAGUCAUGUAUACCUCACCCUGGGAAGAUACUACAGUGAACUCCGACUUCCCCACCUCAGCGUCAGUUCAGCCAGGAGAGCCUGUCUGCAACCCUCUGCUACACUAACAGACUGCCUCAGCAGCUUGCUUCUCGUUUUGGACAAUGUUAGCAGACUUUCUGGGAUCACAGCACAGGAUGCCUCCAUCCCAGCUCAGGUUGCUCCAUAUAUACACCAAGCCCUCUUUUCUAACAGAGUCCAAGGAGGAGGAAGCAAUCAAAACCACGUUUUAAGCCACCAGCUUACUGUUUGUCUCAGCCAACUCUUUUGCAAAUACAGAAUGGUUGGACACGCUAUCCGCCAUAUGCAUGCUCUCAUCAACAACAAUCCACCCUCAAAGCGACUCCCCAUCUCUGUCCCAGAAAGAAACAGUGCCCUCAUCUGGCUGGCAUGGCUCCACAUUGAUAACAAUCAGCCAGAUGUUGCUUUGGAUAUCCUGGACGCUGUCCUAGCUUCCAUGCCAGAACACUGCACUACCCCCCAGGAAGGUGUGGUCCUCAAUAUGCAUGGCGUGGCACUUCGAUGCAUGGGCAACCUCCGGAGGGCAGCAGAGAGCUACGAGGCUGCUGUUGACAUCUGCCAGGAGUAUGAGGACAUGCCAAACUGGGCUGUAGCUCAGGCUAACCUCGGGCUGUUAUGUCUGAAGGCUGGAGCUAAAGGACUAGCACAGAGACACCUGACUGAGGCUGUGCAGCUCUUCUCUGAGCUGAAUGAAGAAGGUCAUGAGGCGGACUUCAUCACAGUGCUGCUGGAGCUGGGUCAGCACUAUGUGAAGCAACAACAGCUGGACUUUGGGAAAGGAUGCUAUGAAUGGGCUCUGCUGCUCGCUAUCAAUGCCAACCUGUUAGACUGCCAACUCACUGCAACCAAACACCUGUGCCAUUUGUACGGGUGUGAGAGUCCAGACCAGGCCCAGUGUAUCAUUUACAGCCAGCACCAGGUCCAGCUGCUGAGACACACAGGAGACAGAGGACAGGAGGCCGAGGCACUGGAAGCCAUCAGCCAGCUCUACCUCACCCUGGGCACAGAAAGAGCAUACAGGGCGGCUCUCGACUACACCAAGAGCAGUUUGGGUAUUUCCAUCGACCUGGGCUGCAGGGAGAAGGAGGCGUACGGCUGGCUGCAGGCGGGAAAGAUCUACCACCUGGUGGAGCAGACUGAACUGGUGGAUCUAUAUGUUCAGGUAGCUCAGGAUGUGGCUCUGAGUACAGGGAACACUAGUUUCCUUCUCAAGCUUCUGGAAGCUGCAGGAGACAUUUUCUUCAACAGCAGCCGGGACCGGGACAAGGCUAUCACCUUCUACAGGGACCGUGCUCUGCCCAUUGCAGUGAAAAGCAGCAGUGUUGGUUCCAGGCUGAGGUUGUGUAACAAGUUGACUGAACUGAUGCUCAGUCUCAAGCUCUAUGAGGAAGCUGUGGAGUUUGCUCAGACUGCACUGGACAUCAGCAUCUCUCUAGGUGAUCGCCUGAAUGAGCGAGUGGCUUACCAUCGUCUCGCCUCUCUGUUCCACUGUUUGGACCAGUAUGAGCUGGCUGAACACUAUUACCUGAAAACCCUGACCCUCUGUCCAACACCUCUGCUGUUUGAUGAGGAAACACUGUAUUAUGUGCGGGUCUACCAGACACUGGGGGACAUCAUAUUCUACGACCUGAAGGACCCCUUUGACGCUGCAGGCUACUACCACCUGGCUCUGGCUGCAGCCAUGGAUCUGGGCAACAAGAGGUCUCAGCUGCAGCUGUGCACCCGCCUCGCCACCAUCUACCACAACUUCCUCACAGACCGGGAGCUCUCUCUCUUCUUCUACCAGAAGGCCAGAGCAUUUGCUGCAGAGCUGAACGUGAGGAGGAUUAAUAUCGCACCAGAUCAACAGUAUAGCAGCGCUCCACAGUACAAGAACACUGGACCAUAGGAAAGACAUUUUGGGAAGUCUUCGCCCUGUGCUAAGUGCAAAAAACUUCCACAGAUUGUGGAGGAAUGUGCACUGCAAAAAAGGUGUGUCUAAUAAGAUAAAACAGUAAAUCUGAGGGAAAUGAUCUUGCUGCAUGGACAGAUAAUUUCACUUGACAAGAUUUCUUAAAUUAAGAUUGUUAAAUCUAGAAAUAAGCAUGAUGAACACUUAAAAUAAAAAACUAACUCUUAAAACAAGAUAAAUUAAAGCUGCCAGCAGUGAUGAACUGGCCCGAGCAGAGUGACCUGACAAUUAUUUGUUUCUUACCAAGAUUUUUUUUUAAACUUUGGAUUUAGAAUUUUCGAAUAAUUUAUCUUGUUUUAAGAGUUAAUUUCUUAUUUUAAGUGUUCGACAUGCUUAUUUCUAGAUUUAAUAAUCUUAAUUUAAGUGAAAUUAUCUGUCCGUGCAGCAAGAUCAUUUCCCUCAGAUUUAGUGUUUUUAACUUGUUUUUAGACACACCUUUUUUGCAGUGUGGGGUUUUUUGGUACAGAAAAAUAUGUUUCAUAAGAAGCUUUAUGAAUCGUUAUGCCUUAAACAUUAAAACUACUCAGGAUUUAACUUUCCUGUCCACUGAGGCCUCUGUAAAUCUACGGGAAACAGAUAAAUAUCACAAACUAGAAAACGAUGAAAGCUUUGAGUAAAUGUAUGUUAUUACUUUUUCAAAUCAUGUAGAUCUUUCAGGUUUCCUUUUUGCAUUUUUGUUUUUGCAACAAUUUUAAUUAAUCACUCAUAAACACAAGUAUGUCAUCUGAAAUUGUAUGUGUUCCGGUACUUGUUUUGGAGACAGCUAAGGUGAUUCAGAAUUUAAAAAUAAAAUUGUAGCCUAUGAUUCCUUUGACCAAAGCAGUUAUUGUUCCUGGCAAGGUUAUUAUAGUUAACGAAAACUAACCAAAUAACGAAAACUAGAAUCGAAAAAACAUUUUCGUUAACUCAAAUACAAACUAAAUAAAACGAGUUUUU